AUGAAUUUCCGGUGUAUAGUGAUGUUGUUUGCCAUAUUUUUGGUUGCGACGGUUACGGUAGCAGACGACGGAGAAGAAGAGGGAACGAAUUCCCAAGGAGAAGAAGAAUCGGCUGUUGACGAUGAAGUAACAAUUGAAAUCAUUACACCACCUCCUGAAGAUUGCCAGAGAAAGUCCAAACGAUAUGACCAGUUGUAUAUGCACUAUGUUGCAACUUUAACGGAAUCCGGAAAGAAGUUCGAUGCCAGUUAUGACAGAGACAAGCCAUUUGACUUCCAGCUAGGAGCUGGACAGGUGAUUAAGGGCUGGGAUGAGGGAUUGUUCGACAUGUGUGUCGGGGAAAAGAGAAAGUUGGUCAUCCCCCCUAGCAAGGGCUAUGGAAAAACUGGUGCAGGUGACAGAGUUCCUCCCAAUGCUAGUUUAACCUUUGAGGUUGAGCUACUGAGCAUCAAAGAUGGGGUCCCCCCACCCAACAUUUUCAAACAAAUUGAUGCAGAUGAUGAUAAUCUGCUCUCAGCUGAAGAGGUGUCUGAUUACCUCAAGAAACAAGCUUCCAAAGCCGGACAGCGUCAAGAAGACAAAGACAACCACAAUCAAAUGAUCACAGAAAUUUUUAACCAUGAAGACAAGGAUAAGGAUGGCUUUAUCUCACAUGAGGAAUUCACCGGGCCCAAACAUGAAGAACUGUAG